GCCCCACCUCUCUUCUCUGCUCUCAUGCACUGCGAAGUAGCUGCGGUGCGUGAAACAAGUCCGGCAGGGGACGAACGUUUUCACAACUUGAGCUUUGAGACGCUUUUUUUGGAUUCUUCAAUGAGCUCGUCUAGGCACUUGUAGCGGCGGCUAGGAGGGAAGACGGGACUGGGGGAGCACUACAGGAAAACUACCUGAGUUUUCUCUUCCAGUCGCGAUUCAAAAUGAAAUUCUGGAUUUGUGUACUCGCUGUCAGCUGGGCAGUAGAAGCGACACUCGGGGGGACUACAGGAGAACCGUGUAAUGGGUUGGACUGUAGUGGGGGAUGCAAUUGUAAUCCAGAGAAAGGCAGCAGGGGGCGUCCAGGGGCCUUGGGGCCAGUAGGACCCAGUGGACCAGAGGGCUUCCCAGGUGACCAAGGGCCUUCAGGGCCCAAAGGAGAAAAGGGUCACGUCGGACUCGGGGGCCCCUCUGGGCUGAAAGGAGAAAAGGGGCCUAUGGGCGUACCAGGGUUCCCAGGAACCGACGGAGUCCCCGGUCACCCAGGUGCGGACGGUGGCAGGGGUCUACCGGGAGCAGACGGGUGCAACGGUACCCAGGGAGACCCAGGUCCCAGAACUCUAAACGGAGGAAUACCUGGAGCUCCAGGACUCUCUGGGCCCACUGGUCCUAAAGGACAGAAGGGAGAGCCUGUAUACGUUGGACUCAGUGGGGGAGUUCCUGGUCAGCCUGGACUGGAUGGUGUACCUGGACCUAGAGGUCCAGACGGAGGUCCCGGUGACUUCGGCCCCAGAGGUCCUGAUGGAUUCCUUGGUGCUCCAGGCCCCCCCGGUCCCCCUGGCCCUGUAGGGAGCCCCAGUCUAGGGUUUCAGGGGGAGCCAGGAGACAAGGGCGAUGUGGGCCCGCAGGGAGACCCAGGCAGGCCCUUGGUCAAUGGAGUGGUGGAGUUUGUGGGCUUUCCUAAAGGAGACAAAGGACCUAAGGGGGAAGGGGGUUACAAAGGAGUGCGUGGACCAACUGGUAGACCCGGCCCACCUGGUCCUUUCGGCUUUCCUGGCGAGGUGGGAGAGAGUGGAAUUUUGGGGUAUCCAGGGGGACGGGGUCCUCCUGGUUUUAACGGGCCUCCCGGAUCUCCAGGAAGACAGGGAUUCACAGGAAGUCCAGGGUUCCCCGGCCAACCAGGCUACAGAGGACCUAAGGGUGACCAGGGAGAACAGGGGCCUCCCGGACCCCCAAUCUACACUGACGCACAAGGGAUGUCUGUUCAAGGAGCACCAGGUGACAACGGUAUCGACGGCCUCCCUGGUCAACCAGGGGACGCGGGAGCUCCGGGGUUUCCAGGACAACCAGGACGACCAGGCGACUCCUUCAGCGAUGGUCGCGGAGGCAGCCCAGGGUUCCCUGGUACACUGGGGCCUAAGGGAGAGAGGGGUAACCCAGGCAGACAGAGCUAUGGUCCUGAGGGCCAACCAGGAGGACAAGGUUUACCAGGAGCCCCUGGACCACCCGGACCACCAGGCAGAUCUGAUGAAGACUCGUCCAGCGGCCCCUGUCUGGUCGUCACUAUGGGGCCCAAGGGCCAAACACUGGAAGUUAGCAUACCAGAAGCCAACAUCCAAACCGACUUGUUCGGCGAUCUACCAGGAACGCCAGGACGACCAGGAGCCCAGGGACCACCUGGAGCCAGUGGCUAUAAGGGACCCAAAGGGGAGCUGGGUGACUGUAACUGCCUGGGAGAAGGCACCUCGGGUGGGGUGGGGCCACCGGGUGCUCCUGGGGCUGAUGGAAGACCUGGGGGGUUCGGACGUAAAGGCGAGAGCGGAGACCCUGGCAUACCCGGUUUCGGAGGACAACCAGGAACACCUGGUCGUGCGGGUGAGAGGGGUUUCUUUGGGCGUAAAGGAGAGAAGGGUGCCUCCUUCUACCCGUCGUUCAGCCGGGGGAUCAAGGGUGAACUUGGGGCCCAGGGCCCUCAGGGCCCCCCUGGAGACAUGGGCCGACCCGGGAGAGAUGGACUGCCUGGGUUCCCUGGACAGCCUGGGCCUCCUGCUGAUGUCGAUGGCUACGGAACCGUCGGAGAGAGAGGUUUCCCAGGGUUCUCGGGGGCCAAAGGUCGCACGGGUGAACCAGGAGAGAACGGGAUUGGCUACGAGGGUACCGCUGGUACCCGCGGGUUGCCAGGCGACCCGGGCUUCACCGGGUUACCAGGGCAACCUGGUUUACCUGGCCCGCCAGGUGACAGCUGUGGGCAGGAGGGGGUUAAUGGCGCAGAGGGAGGGUUGACGGUCCCUUGUCGUCUACCUGGCGAGGACGGAGAACCCGGCUACCCAGGAAUACCUGGAAGAACAGGUCCCAAGGGCGAGCCAGGUUUCCCAGGGGGUCCCGGUCGGCCCGGCUUUGAUGGAGGGAAGGGAGAGAGAGGAGACCCUGGCUUCGGAGGUCAGCCUGGACCACAAGGUUUCCCUGGCCCCAGAGGAGAUGCGGGGGUCCCAGGUAUCCCAGGCGAGGGCCGUCCAGGGGCCCCAGGGAAAAACGGGUUCCCGGGGCGGCUGGGGGAAAAGGGGCAGCCGGGGGAGGUUCUGGGGGCCUCAACAGGUCUCCCUGGAUCACCUGGGUUCCCCGGAGGACCAGGAGACAAGGGAGAGCGAGGAGCAUCGGGUCAACCUGGAGGAUCAGGUUUUGACGGGCGGUCCGGUGUUUCCGGAGCUAAGGGUGAGCGCGGGGCAGAUGGCUACCCCGGAACUCCAGGUCUUCCUGGACUUCCCGGAGAGGGCAGACCGGGUGGAUUUCCCGGUCCUGCCGGACCACCCGGAAGCAGAGGAUUAACCGGCUCUCCAGGCUGUCAAGGCUACCCCGGUUUGAAGGGAGCCAGAGGUGAUGCAGGCUUUCCAGGCCCAGCUGGGAUGAAGGGACAACCAGGAGAACCAGGAGGCGAUGGCUCUCCAGGACUCAGGGGUCUUCCAGGACCACCGGGCCCCGGGGGAAGAGACGGCAUCCCUGGGGGACCAGGAAGAAAGGGCGAGAGCGGUUACCCCGGACUGGUGGGUUUCCCCGGAAUGCCAGGUAACCCUGGAAGACCUGGAGGUCCAGGAGGGAAAGGAGCUCCCGGAUUCUCAGGAAGAGACGGUCUGCCCGGAGAUUUCGGAGCGCCAGGACCUAAAGGUGACAGAGGUAACGCUGGUCCACCCGGCGCACCCUCUCUGCCCGUCAGAGUUGAGUACAUUGAGAAGGGACAGAUGGGCGACAAUGGUGCCAACGGUCUACCCGGUUUCCCUGGACCUAGAGGUGACAAGGGUUUCCCAGGGCUGCCUGGUCGACAGGGUUUGCCCGGGCUGCCUGGUUAUGCUGACAGAGCUAAAGGAGAACAAGGUCUUUCUGGUCUCCCCGGACGCCCAGCCGGACCAGGCUACCCGGGGCCUAAAGGAUCUCCUGGUAUCAUUGGCUUCCCUGGCAUGCCUGGACCUAGGGGUGACGAUGGCGAACCUGGUUUCCCUGGAAACCCCGGAGUCCUUGGUCAGCCAGGUGCUAAAGGUGAGAGAGGUGACUCUUUCGGCUACCCCGGAGGUCCCGGAGCUAAAGGUGAGGCCGGAACCCCUGGUUACUCAGGUGACCCAGGUGCUAAAGGCGCCCCCGGGGACAACGGUUUCGCAGGCGGCCCUGGGUUCAACGGACAGAAGGGAGCACCGGGAGAUCGAGGAAUACCCGGACAAAUGGGUACCCCUGGUUUCACUGGCGCUAAGGGUCUGAACGGAUACCCAGGAGGAAGAGGUCUAGACGGGACGCCUGGCCGCUCCGGCUCCCCUGGAACAUCUGGAGAGAAAGGUCUGCCGGGAUCUCCUGGUCUUGAUGGGCUCAACGGACUGGCUGGACCCAAGGGUCUACCAGGAACCCCAGGUUAUAGUGAGGGGGGUCGUCCCGGCACUCCUGGAGCAGCCGGUCUGAAGGGAGAGAGGGGCUCCUCCAUCCCAGGUGGACCUGGGUACAAUGGAGAGAAGGGAGCUAGAGGAGAGUCAGGAGGUCCUGGUGUGACGGGCUUCCCAGGUCUGCCUGGUCCUCGCGGGGAGACGGUCAUUUCUAACAUCCCUGGACCAUUGGGAGACCCUGGCCUGCCCGGAAUCGAUGGAGAAGAAGGUUACCGUGGUCCUCCAGGCCCCCCAGGCCCACCGGGGCCCGGUACAGCCCAAGGAGACAGAGGCGACUCUGGGCUAUCUGGCAUCCCUGGUACCCCUGGUAACCGUGGAGACCCUGGGGGUCCAGGUGGCCCAGGACGGGACGGAAACCCUGGAUUCAAAGGAGAGAGAGGUGACUCUGGGUACAGUGGAGCAUCAGGACAAAGGGGCUUCCCUGGAGAUCCAGGAUACUACGGAGGGAAAGGACCCAAAGGAAGGAGAGGUAAUACUGGUCGUAAGGGACCCCAAGGUAAAACUUUCCCCAGGCAGGACAUCCGGACACCCUAUGGAGACAUGGGAGACCCCGGGGUCAACGGAGCUUCAGGGUCCGUGGGAGAAGCAGGCAAUCCCGGCAUGCCAGGCAGAGGGGGUCCUAAAGGCCGGCCCGGCGCGGUAGGGAAGCUGGGGAGGAACGGAGGGUCAGGUCUGGACGGACCUCUGGGAGACUCUGGUCCUCCUGGUUUCCCUGGACCUACCGGGUCACAAGGUCUGCCCGGUAAGCCUGGCCUGCAGGGUCCCCCAGGAAGUGUGGCGCGCAGCAGGAGUAUUGGAUACACUCUGGUGAAGCACAGUCAGAACAACCAGGUGCCCAUGUGUCCUCAGGGCAUGGCUCAGCUCUGGGAAGGAUACAGUCUGCUGUAUGUUGAGGGGCAGGAGAAGGCCCAUAACCAGGACCUCGGUAUGGCAGGCUCCUGCCUUCCCCGUUUCAGCACUGUCCCCUUCCUGUACUGCACGCCCAACGAGAUCUGCUACUACGCCAGCCGCAACGACAAGUCCUAUUGGCUGUCCACCACGGCACCCAUCCCCAUGAUGCCGGUGGGAGAGGAGGCUAUCAGCCAGUACAUCAGCAGGUGCUCCGUGUGCGAGGCCUACUCCCAGCCUGUAGCUGUCCACUCACAGGACCUCACCAUCCCUACCUGCCCUUCCGGCUGGAGAUCCCUCUGGAUCGGGUACUCCUUUCUCAUGCACACUGCUGCCGGGGCUGAGGGCGGCGGCCAGUCCCUGGUCUCUCCAGGGUCCUGUCUGGAAGACUUCCGCGCCACGCCCUUCAUUGAGUGUAAUGGGGCAAAGGGCACCUGCCACUACUUUGCCAACAAGUACAGCUUCUGGCUGACCACGGUUGAGCCUAGCCGGGAGUUCGACCCCCCUCCGAUGGACACACUGAAGGGAGGCAACCAACGCAGCCGAGUCAGUCGCUGUCAAGUCUGCAGCAAGAUCUUGUAGCUGGGAUAAGAGUUCGAAGAUGGAGAGAUAGAGAGAAGAUAUGAAAAAGAGAGAGACUGAAACAACAAAGGAGAGGGUGAUGAUUACUUAUCAGAAAGGAAAAGAGAGAGAUGGGGUGGAGAUGGAGUAAUUGAAAUGAUAAAACAAUUUUAAAAACUUUCACUGAAUUUGAGCACCUCCCCUGCUUCAUCUAGGGGUCUCACUAGGAGGGUGAGGGGCUCCUGAAGGAGCCGACGAGGGCCCUUCUGUGGGUUUAUGAUACCCUUGUAUCGAUGUAAGACAGAAAGGGAUGGAGAGAUGAGCGGUCUUGUUCUAAACUAGAUUAUUACUGACAGUGGUGCUAUACUGUAUGUUUUACGUGUCUUUCUUUUGUUCUUUUCACAUUACCAUGGUUAUGUGUCUGAAAACAUUCACGGCUACCUCGGAGAGUGCAACCCCAAACCACCCCUUUGGCCUGCACUGAACCGCUUUCACUUCCUGGGCUACAUCCCAAAUGGCCUAUAUAGUGCACUACCCAUAGGACUCUGGUCCAAAGUGGUGCAUUACAUAGGGAAUAUGAUGCUAUUUGGGAUGAAUACGUUCUCUACCGUUACAACUACAUACAGUCAUGAACCUAAGAGACCUGCUACACAUACCAGUUAACUGCUAUAGCUAGCCAACCACUUUUUAUACUCGAACACACACACCUAUGAUAUCUAUUAUGUCUGCUUCAGUUAAGAGAAACAGUAAGUGUAUUAUGAUAUAUGCUUGUGAUCCUAUUAGAAACCAAUGUGUUAUUUUUUUUGGUGCUACCCUACCCUGGGAUUCAACUUGACAACAGUUUUGAAAGAGACAAAACCCAUCCCUUUUUAUAUAUUAGAAUGAGUGGCAUAGACAGAUCGAGUGAGGUAACAUCAUCCCAUGCCGAAUCACUUGAAGAAAUGGUCAUACUUCUAUUUAUAUAAGAUCCCAUUUAUGUGUAUGUGAAUGUAUUGCAGUAAUGUGAAUGCCUAUAAUUGGUAUAAAUCACAGGAGGCUGCUGAGGGGUGAACGGCUCACAACAAUGGCAUGAACGAAGCGAAUGGAAUGGCAUCAAACACAUGGAAACCAUGGAAACCAUGUGUUGGAUGCAUUUGAUGCCAUUCCACUUAUUCAGCUCCAGCCAUCAUUGUGAGCCAGUCCUCCCCAAUGAAGGUGCCACCAACCUCCUGUGGUAUGAAUGGAGUCGGUCUGUGCAGGUAAAGAUCUGUAACUUGUGUGUGUCUUUUCAGUUUAGCUACAGCGAUGGAGGUUGAAGGUUCUAACCACCAACAUCAGCCCCCCCCCCCAAUUCACUGCUGGAACACAAACCACCAACACUGAACACACAUAAUUAUUGUGGCCAUGUCAUCUCCAUGUCACCAUGUCACUCCAUAAUUGGAUUUUCCACCUACGGUGAGACCCUAAUAGUGGAUUGUGUAAUGUCACUGUCACUGUGUUGGACAGAUAACAUUAAAUGAAAGUAACUCAAUGGCAGUUCCAUUGUUCCCAAGACCCACCCCUUUGUUUACAAAUGCAGUUGUUAGGGGAGUUUCACACUUUGGGUGGAAACAGAUAUUGAACAUUGCUACUUUAAACUCACCUCCUUCACUGACUGGAAUGGGUGACCAAGCCUAUAGUACAUUGCACCAAAUCAUGUUGGCUUUGUAAUUAUUUAGAACCAUCAUGUUCUCCAGGGUCUCACUCAGGUUAUCGAGGUGAGGAGAGUAACUAUCUUCGCUCCAUUUUUUGUGACCAAAUUUGGGUUUUAUAAAACCCUCCACCACCCAUACUUGAGCCAAAACAUACAAGUACGCAGUAACUGCUUGGAAGGAAUCACAAACUAACAACAAACACACCACACACACAUUUUCCGUUACAAUAUUUGUUGUUGGACAGAAGCUUACUAUACAUUUUAUCAGAGCAAACGAUAGGACCUACUGUGUUGCUGUAGUCCCUAUCUGCUCUCCUCAGUUCCUGUCAUGUCAAUGGACGCGUUCCAGUGCGACUACAUUGCAGACGCCUGCCAGAUCUCAAAACACCUGGAUAAGUGACUAAAAUAUCAGCUAACCACAUCAUAUGAUCUAGCAAUCUGAUGCCAAUGCAACGCCUGCAAUGUAGGUGGCCUGGAACGCAGCCACUGAUGUCAAAAGUGCUGGGUGACUUAAGUUGUAACCACUAUGACCACUAUGUCUAACACGCAGGCCCAUCUCUCAUUGGUAGCCCUGAGUACAUCUUUUUCAAUUAGAUUUUUUUCUCAUUUGUUGUUCUUUUGUCUGUAAUCUAGAUUGUAAUUCUUAUACUUCACUGUAAUUAUUCCCUAGUUCAAAGGUUAUUUACAUUUUGGGGAAGAUGAUCUGUACAUUCGAUGAUAGGAACGAACAAAACAUUUUUUAGGAUGUUUUAUAUGGAAAUAUACAAUUCUAUGAUUAUAUUUGAAUGACACAAAAAGAUAAAAACACAUUUUUAUUGUCACUGUUUUGACACUGACCUCUGUUGAAUAUAUUCCACUGUCUUAAAAGGAAUUUUGAGAACCUGAAAAAUAAAUAUUUUUCAUACAAAUCCACAUUUUACAUGUAUAACAGAGAUGUAUAACUGCAAUGAUUAUGCAGAUGUGCUACAUUUUCCUCAGAGGACACAACAGAUUUGGUCAAACGGUGCAGUUUUGUGUUCACAAUGAAAUAAAAGUAUUAAAACUAACACAGAUUCAGAUUGAAUGAAGAACGAUGAUUAGGAUUGUUUGAGAGAAAUUUAACAAAAUGAUAUACCACCUAUACAGAUCUAGACUACAGUAUGUGUAAAAGGGUCCAAAUUGAAUAUAUGUUGUUUGAUGUAGUGGAUUUACCACAUUUGAAGAGUGCAACAUACCUAACCUAGUAGGUACUUAACACAGAAAGUGCUGUGUGCUUAACAAGACAACAUUAAAGUAUAACACUUAGGUGAUAACA